CCCUAAUUAGGCAAUACGAAAACGUUUAGUUCAGAUACCGGUUAGGAAAUAGGAGUGCAUUUCUAGGUUUCUCCGGCAGAUAGAGACACAUCCUAAUAAACCAACAGUUGGAAGUUCGUGUGGCAGCCCAGGCAAGUUGAAAAUGGCUGAUGCAGAUUUCGAGUUCGCAUAUGACAACGGAGUGCUGCCUGUCGAGGUGGACCCAGCUGCAGCUUUCUUAGCUCAGCAAGAAAGCGAAAUAGCGGUGAUCGAGAAUUACGACGAAGGACUCGGAGCUUUGGAGGGAUCCGCUGAGUUCCUCGAACAACCGCCGACAGCUGAUUCACCUGCUCCUGUACAAUAUGAUGCCGGAUUUGCAGAGGCAUCAGCGGCCACGGUAAACGGAAACAUGUUUGUGCUGGAGUCCAACGGUCCAUCGGACAGCUAUGCGGCCAUCGCCCAGGUGGACUCUCUGAGAGCAGAGCCUGAGAGCCUGCGUAAGUGGAGAGAGGAGCAGAAGGAACGGCUGGAGCAACUAGACUCUGCGUCCAAGGCAGCGGAGGCUGAGUGGAAAGAGAAGGCCAAGAAAGAGCUGGAGGACUGGCAUGUGCACCAGCAUGAACAGAUGGAGAAGAACAAGGCCAACAACAGGGCAUCUGAAGAGGCCUUCCUGUCUGAGGCUGACGGCGACAGCCCAGGGACGGAGUGGGAGAGAGUGGCCCGUCUCUGUGACUUCAACCCCAAGACCAACAGGACGGCCAAGGACGUGUCCCGGAUGCGCUCGGUCCUCAUAGCCCUCAAACAGACACCUCUGGUGCGCUAGUACGGCCAAUGGAACGGUGGGGUGGCGACGAAGGCACAAGUGGUCACCCUCUCUCGACUUUUCUCACUGUCAUUCGUGAAGGAUAAUUCUUCCAAGUUUUACCAGUGAGACGUCUUGUCUAUGCAGCAUCAGUCUCAUGGGAUGUAUACCUUUUCCUAUCGAUCUUAGAUAUGUACUGUUUUGAAUGACGCACAGUGAGUGACUUGUAGGGCAGAAGGUGUUAAAAAAUUGUAGCACAUCUAUUUUUAUUUUUUGUUGUUUCAAAGCACUUUUUGUUUUGUUGUUUGUUUAGUAGCCCACUUGAGUUAAGGCUGCAUGAGAGAGAAAUGCAACCAUUUAAACAAUUAUCCUGAAAUCAGGUGUUUGUUUUCCUUAACAAAACAUACAGUAACAUCCUAUUAUAUUGGUUUCUGUUCUGUAUAAUUAUCAUGUGAUCUUCCAAACUUUGAUUCAGCUUUGAUCUAACUUUUAGUAAAACGAUAACCAUUCAGAGUCGCCUGCGGACACUGUGGAAGUAGAGAAUCCCCCGCGUGCACAGAACCUUUAACCCUGGGAAGAAAAGUCCGAUCCACAGACACUCUGUUUUUAAAGAGUCCUCAUAUCAUGGCCAAAUUAAACAAGAUAUCUAGAAUGACAUGGACAUGUUUUAAAAGAGUCCUCAUAUCAUGGCCAAAUUAAACAAGAUAUCUAGAAUGACAUGGACAUGUUUUUAAACAGUUUGAUGAACGCUAGUCUGUUGAGUCCUAUUUUGAAACACUUCCCCCCCCCCCCUUCAUUUAAACUGCAUUGCUUCAAUCUGUGAUCAGCUGUUGUCUAUUGGGACUAUCACACAGAGGAGAAUGUUACACGGGAACUGGAAAACUCAUCAAUAAAAAUUCUCAGAAGUUG